UUUACAAGUAGAAAACGUUUCGCUUGAAUUUCCCGACUUUUCCUGCAAAUUUGACGCUGAAAAUCGUUCCGGCACGAUGUGGGAAGAACCGGACCAGCCGACGUCCACGUUCGUGUGGCAAAAGAAGCUGGAGAAGCACGGCCUGAAGAACCUGUCGCGGAAGGAGCUGGAAGCGCUGAACCGUCGCAAGCAGCAGGAGAACAUGAUCGAGCUGGAAAAGCUGAAGAAGCGGCGCCAGGAGCGGGAACACGCCCGCCAGCAGCACGAGGACGACAUGUGUCUGAUGCAGCGCUCGAAGGAGGCGGCCCAGUUUGACGAGUGGCAGCGGCAGGAGGAGUGCUUCCACCUGGAGCAGGCCAAGCUGCGGAGCAAGAUCCGGAUCCAGGAUGGGCGGGCCAAGCCGAUCGAUUUGCUGGCGCAGUACAUCUCGGAGAAGAGUUUGGAGGAGUCGAUCGAGAUGCAGAUGCACGAACCGUAUCAUUAUUUGAACGGGUUGGGGCUGGACGACUUUGAGGACUUGCUGGCGGACAUUCGGGUUUAUAAUGAGCUGGAGAAGUGCCAGAAUGCGGAUUAUUGGAGUGAUUUGACGAUUAUCGUGGAGGACGAGCUGCAGAAGCUGCGGAAGGCCGAGGCGGAGAAGCAACGGAUGGCUCCGGGAAGGCGCGAGGGAAUCCAUCAGAGUGUGGCCAAAGACGUGACGCAGAUCUUCAAGGGGAAGAGCUCUUCGCAGUUGGAGGAGUUGAAGCGAAAGAUUGAGGACAAGAUUGCCAGUCCUCAGGAUGGGUUGGAUAUUGGCUACUGGGAGAGUUUGCUGUCGCAGCUGAAGGCGCACAUGGCUCGGGCAAGACUGCGGGAUCGUCACCAGGAGAAUCUAAGGAAUAAGCUGGAACUGCUAAAACAAGAGCAGGAAAUGAACAUCAAGAAGGAGGAACUCGACGAGCAGGAAGCGGGUCCGAGCGGAGCUGGUCCAAGUAGAAAGGACGAACCGGUCGACGAAACAUCCCGUGACAGCAGCAGUCAUUCCGGAAACGAGCAGGUCAAAGACGAAGAAAACGCCGAAAACGACUUGCUGCACGAAUGCUUCGAGCUGUACCUCAAGGGAGGCUACGAACCCAAGCUAUUCUCCGAAAAAGACUUGGAUCCAUCCGUCGAGCUCACCACCGAAGAAAAGGUCGAAGAAGACCUGGACCAGCUGCGCCAGAAAGUGCUCGGAAUCAACCAGGAGGACGACACGCUCUCCAAAGAUGAACUCAUCCUGCGCAAGGAGGCCAAACGCGGCAUGAACGACGACGAGGCGGAAUUCUCCGUCGAAUCCCGCGUCGACUCGCAGGUUUACCUCUGGUCGGACAAGUACCGGCCCCGAAAGCCUCGCUACUUUAACCGCGUCCACACCGGCUUCGAGUGGAACAAGUACAACCAAACGCAUUACGACAUGGACAAUCCGCCCCCGAAGAUCGUGCAGGGCUACAAGUUCAACAUCUUCUAUCCGGACCUGAUCAACAAAAACACGACGCCGCAGUACUUUUUGACGCCGUGUGCGGACAAUCCGGACUUUGCGACGUUGCGCUUCCAUGCGGGGCCGCCGUACGAGGACAUUGCGUUUAAGAUCGUGAACCGCGAGUGGGAGUUUAGCUACAAGCGCGGAUUUCGAUGUCAGUUUCAUAACAAUAUAUUCCAGCUUUGGUUCCACUUUAAGCGCUAUCGGUACAGGAGAUAGAGGGAGGGUGAGGGGUUUGUGC